AUGCACCUCUCUCAUUACUUAGAGAUGUUCGAAUACAUUGACUAUCAGACGAUAUACACCGUGGGCAAACGCUGGUUCAUCUUUGGAACUGCAUCAGCUUUCCCUACGACAUUAUUCUACGAUGCGCCAUUUGGCCGCUUCUCCACACCCGAUAGCGCUCUCGCCCUCGAUGGGAUCAAGAGCUGGAUGUUCAUGGAACUUGUAUCUCCCGCGACCUUCCUUAUUACUGCAGCAAUACACCCAUUCUCGUCAAAAUCCUUCCCGGUACCCCUCGUCAACUCGAGCACAAUCGAACCACAAGCGCUACUCACCGGACUCUACCUCAUUCACUACCUUAAUCGUGCCAUUCUCUCGCCUCUUCGCACGCCUUCCCGCUCUAAAUCGCACGUCGCCGUAACCGCCGCAGCGUCUUGCUUCAACGUUUUCAACGGCUUCUUGCUUGGCGCAUACCUGUCGUCGAGCAGGACCGCCGCCUACCUCUCCAACGCAUACAGUUCCCCUCGCUUCUGGAUCGGCAUCCUUCUCUGGAUAGUUGGCCUCGCAGGGAAUAUCGCACACGACGAGAUCCUAUUGAAUAUCCGACGCAAGUCCAAGGCGAAAGGAAAAGAGAAGGAGGGCAGCAGACCAGGCGAACACUAUGCCAUUCCCCAAGGCGGACUUUACCGCUACAUAUCAUACCCGAACUACUUCUGCGAGUGGGUCGAGUGGAUCGGCUUCGCUCUUGCUGCAUCGCCCCCACCCAGCGCGAAUGCUCUGCCGACGCUCCACACAGUGAUUACAGCUGUCAGGGAGAGUCCACUAGCAGGCUUAGCAAGAGUCUUCACACCGUUCGUCGACUCGUUCAGUGCACCAUGGGCUUUCAUGUUCGCGGAGGUUGCUGUGAUGAUGCCGCGUGCCAUCCGGGGGCACCAAUGGUACCACGACCGCUUCAAUGGUACCUAUCCGCGCGAGAGGCGGGUCGUGAUACCAUUCCUGUUUUAA